AUGAACAUCCGCCGUGCUCGGCCAGAUGACCUGAUGAACAUGCAGCACUGCAACCUGCUCUGCCUGCCCGAGAACUACCAGAUGAAGUACUAUUUCUAUCACGGCCUCUCCUGGCCCCAGCUCUCCUACAUUGCUGAGGAUGAGGAUGGGAAGAUCGUGGGCUAUGUCCUGGCCAAGAUGGAAGAGGACCCCGAUGAUGUCCCCCACGGACACAUCACCUCACUGGCUGUGAAGCGCUCCCACCGGCGCCUUGGCCUGGCCCAGAAGCUGAUGGACCAGGCCUCACGAGCCAUGAUUGAGAACUUCAGCGCCAAGUAUGUAUCCCUGCAUGUUAGGAAGAGCAACCGAGCAGCCUUGCAUCUCUAUUCCAACACCCUGAACUUCCAGGUUAGUGAGGUGGAGCCCAAGUACUAUGCGGAUGGAGAAGACGCAUAUGCUAUGAAGCGAGACCUCUCACAGAUGGCGGAGGAGCUGAGGCGGCAGCUGGUGCUGAAGAAAAGCAGAUACCUGGUUCUGGGUUCCAAGGAGAAUCAGGGCAACACACCAGGUUCUGAAGAGGCCUGUCAGCAGGAGAACCUGAUCGGGGAUGAUAGCGGCAGUGACAGCAAAGACAGCACUGACGCCCAAGACAGCUUGCAGGACCUGGACUCCACCUCCUAGAGCCUGCUUGAGCGUUGUAACUCUUGCAUUUCUAGCCACACUUCUCUUGGUAACCCUGGUGUGCUCUGCAGUACCUACUCUGGGAUCAUUUCACAGUGACCCAGAUGGCUUCUCAUUUUCAACGCUUAGCAGGAACCUUUCACGUAGCCUGACUUGAUCAUGAGGCACUCCUGGACACAGAAGCUGCUGUGCGGGAGCCAAGGAGUCUUGAGGACUGCCAUGGCAGCACCUUCCUUGGCUUCUUCAUGCUGCCAUUGUGUUGUUUGCAGUUGUCCUGCACUGAUUGUGUGUAUCCUGUAGGGUUUUGUCUAGAAUGCCAAACAGGAAGCAGGAGCAACAUGAAAGCUCCCCGGCUUUUAGUGUUUGCCAUUUAUUUGGGUGUUCAUUCUUGAGUAGGCAGGACCAUCAAGUUAGUCCUUAUGCCCUCUGCCUGUCUGGUGGAAGUUACCUACUCUUGCUUUCUCUGGAAACUGCCCUGCUCUCCCUCCCUUCCUCCUUUUGAAGAAGAAUGCUCCCUUUCACAGUGGAAGAAGGUGACUUGAACUUCUAUACCCAAGAAUUUGUAGAUCUUAAGGAAGGGACAAGCAGAAAUGAAAUUGUAAUCUCUAAUCUGAAGAAAUAAAGCUACCAAAAAAGAA